AUGGAUGGAUGUGAGAUGUCUGUCGCUGCCGACAUCUGUCGCGCCAAAGCUGUGGCGCCCGAGCUGUCGCGUUUGCCGAGUCUUCGCGUGUCCGGACCUGGCAGCUUUUGCGCCGUCGUCAUCGCAGCCAUCGGGCAGGGCUAUCCACAUCCAUCGGCCAUCCGCAUCUACGGGCUCACGGAUCAGCUGGGCUCACACCGCCAAGACUGCGGGCCAGCAAAAGAUGCCAAGACACGAGGCUGCCAAGAUGUCGUCGAGGAUGUCGAGACAGCGUGA